AUGGACCAAAUUCUGGCGUAUCCCCCGUACUUUACCCAUCAAAACACGGCAACUGGCGGGGACAUGACGGUACAGCUGCAGACGUCCCAGAGCCACUUGGCGGCGCAUUUCCACUCGAUGCAGCAACGCACGGCGUCCUUGUACAAUGUGGUCGUGAUUGAAAUGUACCCCGACGUCAAGACAAGCGUCGCGCUGGCUCACACACUUAUGGAGCUCAUGCACGAGAUCUACGACGCCACGUCAGUACUGCUCAUGGACGGCGCGCCGCUGUACUUGUACCUCCUCGAUGAAGCCACGAGUUAUCCAAUUGACACUACGCCCCCCAUCUGCGUCAAGUUCUUGACGACCAACAAGCUGGUGGUGCAGAGUGGGUUUGAACUGCUCAAAGCGAGCAACGAGGUGGUGGCCACCUGCAGGGGGCUACCGGGUGUGGAGUUGGACACGAUCAAAGUCAUGACGAGCGCCGAGACGACGUCCGUGGAGCCCUUCGACGUCCUAUAG